GGCCUAGGUAUCGCUUCCUGGGUCGUACGACCUUGCCAGUGCCUGCUCUGAGUUCUUCCGCGCGCCCUCGCCCGACCCGCGACAGCGAUGCUAGCGCUGCGUUGCGGCCCCCGCCUGCUCGGUCUGCUCUCCGGCCCGCGCUCCGCGCCGCUGCUCCUCUCCGCGACCCGUACCUGCAGCGACGGCGGAGCCCGCGGCGCGAACUCUUCCUCCGGGAACCCGCUCGUGUACUUGGACGUGGGCGCCGAUGGACAGCCGCUCGGCCGCGUGGUGCUGGAGUUAAAGGCAGAUGUCGUGCCAAAGACUGCAGAGAACUUCAGAGCCCUAUGCACUGGUGAGAAGGGAUUUGGCUACAAAGGCUCCACCUUCCACAGGGUGAUCCCAGCCUUCAUGUGCCAGGCUGGCGACUUCACCAACCACAACGGCACAGGAGGAAAGUCCAUCUACGGAAGCCGCUUUCCUGAUGAGAACUUCACACUGAAGCACGUGGGGCCAGGUGUCCUGUCCAUGGCGAACGCAGGCCCCAACACCAAUGGCUCUCAGUUCUUUAUCUGCACGAUAAAGACAGACUGGCUGGAUGGCAAGCAUGUCGUGUUUGGCCAUGUCAAAGAGGGCAUGGAUGUUGUGAAGAAAAUAGAAUCUUUCGGCUCAAAAAGUGGGAAGACGUCUAAGAAGAUUGUCAUCACAGACUGUGGCCAGUUGAGCUAACUCACAGCCAAGGUGCUAGGACAGCAGCAGGCAUCCAUGUCUUGAUUCACCCAGGUUCUCCAAAGAACAGUUUGUACCCACUUCUACUGAGUCUAAGGAAGGCCACUCAGGCAUGGUCCUCCCAGGGACCAUGCUGCUCUCCACUGUCCAUCCUUCCUCAGAUCCCGUUUCUGGGCAUCAGUAUGGCCAUCGGGCCAUGUACCCUCAGCCGACGUCCCCGUGAUUGCCAUGUGCGUGUGCCUUGGACAUUGGCAAUGCUGACCAGUUAGUCAGGGAAGGCUCCUGACUCUUUUCCUUGACCAGUGGGGAUAGCAGUUGCUAUUUAAUGUUGUCUUCCUCCUUGCAAUAAUUUAACAUAGAAUUCAAGAUCUCAUAGAAACAAAGCUGUGACACUCAUGGCACUGUCCAUGUGUGACCUGUGUUGCUGUGACACAACUGCUGUGACCCGAGUUGGCACAAGCCACAGACACCCCCAACCCCCCACCUCCCACCCUGGCUUCUGAGACAUCACUCAGGGCUCUUGUGAAAGUCCCAAUGCCAAUGCCUUCCCUCCUGGUCACUGUGAAUCCUGCUGGCUGCUGCUGUGAUUUUUGAAAGGAGCCUGUGAAAUAGAAGCAGCAGGACCUGGGAACAGACCUGUGAGCCCGGUCUGUCUGCUCAAUGUGAAUUCCCGUGGUCAAAACUUACAGACACUGCCUGACUUCAUGCUGUUCUCAAGAGGGAAGUGUUUUCUGGCAGGCUUUGCUUUUUCUGUAUGUUGAAUAAAUCCAAUCUAUCAAUAAUAUAUAUGUAAAAGAUUUCUGGGACAGACCUUUCUGUUCAUCUCAAAUGUGAUACAUAAAUCCUAUUUUCUAUAAAA